AUGGGAAAUCACAGGGGGAUCGAGUCUGCUGUUCCAGCAGCAGCAGCAGCAGCAGCAGCAGCGACAGAAGCAGCAACAACAACAGCGAGUUUGAAGCUCAGGCGCUUCUCGUGGGCGUUGCUGCCGCUGCUGCUGCUGCUGCUGCUGCUGCAGCAGGCUGCUGCGCUGCCACACAAGAAGAAAAGCUACUCCCUUGACCCCACCGACACCGACGCCACAGCAGCAGCAGCAGCAGCAGCAGCAGCAGCAGAAGGUCCUGCUGCUGCGGGUCUGGCCGCGCCUUCUCAAUUCCGAAGUCACUCCCUUUUCAUGCGGCCGCAGCAGCAGCAGCAGCAGCAGCAGCAGGAGGAAGAGUUGGGGCAGCAGCACCAUGAACAGAACUCGCAGCAGGGGAGUGAAGAGCAUCUGCAGCAGGAGAACGAACAUCCGCAGCAGCAGCAGGACGCCCAGCAGCAGGAGCAGCGGGAUGCAGAGCAGCAGCAGCAGCAGCAAGACUCCCAGCAGCAGCAGCAGCAGCAGCAGCAGCAGCAGCAGCAUUUCCGCGUCGCGCAUCAUCAUCAGCAGCAGCAGGAGGACUCCUCUCCUGAGUCCUCUCCCCACUCAACAGCGCUGAUAUCCCUCUCCUCCGCCUCGGCCUCCGCAGCAGCAGCAGCAGCAGCAGCAGCAGCAGCAGCAGCAGCAGCAGCAGCAGAAGACCCGUGGGCUCGCCCCGCAGAGCGGCAGUACCUGUGCAGAAACGCCCCCUCCGGGGCCGCCUGCGGGAACCGGCAGCAGCAAAGCGAUUGGCCGCAGCAGCUUUAUUGUCUUGAGAAAGAAUGCUGCAGCAAAACGGCCUGUGGGGCCGGGGGCUGCGGCAGCUACUGCAGCAGCAGCUGGGCCCUCUGCAGCAGCAGCUUGAUUUACCACACGGAGUACAGCUACGGCGGCUGCAGCUGCAGCAGCAAGGGGGCCCUCUGCCCGCCCCACACUUCCUGCUUCGAAGACCCGGGGCCCUACGGGGGGGCCUACUGCAGCUGCAGCAGCAGCUACAUUUUCCACAGCAGCAGCAGCAGCAGCAGCAAAUGCAUUUCCGAUCCUUGUUUGGCUCUGGACUGCAGCCCCGGCAGCUGCGAGUUGAACGGCAUUGAGCCUUUUUGCCGCUGCCCCGAGGGGUACGUCAGCAGCAACAGCAGCAGCAGCAGCAGCAGCAGCAGCAGCAGCAGCAGCAGCAGCGUGGGGCGCAGGUGCGUUCUUAAGGACUUGUGCGUCAACAACCCCUGCGGGGACUCUGCUGCUGCAGCAGGCUGCAAGACAGUGGGAGUCAACAGCUACGAGUGCAUCUGCCGCGCGGGAUACACUCUCAGCAGCAGCAGCAGCAGCAGCAGCAGCAGCAGCAGCAGCAGCAGCAGCAGGCCCAAGUGCGUGUCCAUCGACAGCCUGCUGAAGUGCAGCGACUUGCCCUGCGGCUCGGAGGGAGUCGCCAGCUGUACAGACACCCCGGAGGGCUACAGCUGCACCUGCAGCAGCGGCUACAAACUUGUUGCUGCUGCUGCUGCUGCUGCUGCUGGCGGCAAAAAGUGCGAGUUCCAAGACCCCUGCGCAGCAAACGCCUGCGGGCCUCCUGCUGCAGUCCUCUCUUGUGCUGCCAGCAGCAGCAGCAGCAGCUACACCUGCCAGUGCCAGCAAGGCUAUACUCUUUCCACAGAAACUGGCUCUCCCUACUGCCAGCUGGACGACAGCAGCAGCAGCACGCAGCAGCUCGUGCUGCUGGGCCUCGGCGGCGGCGGGCUGCUGCUGCUGCUGCUGCUGCUCGUCAAGCAACGCAGCAGCAGCAGCAGCGCCAGCAGCAGCGAACCCCUCGGAGACCCCGACUACACCUUCGCAGCAGCAAGAACUCCAGGAGCGGCCCCACAGAUGCUGCAGCAGCAGCACGUCAUGCCUUCCGCUUCGGCCUGGGCCUGA